UAAUUUUUUAAUGAAAUUUGGGACAAGAUUUACUUUUAUUACUUUUCUCACAAGUGUUAAAUUUAACCAAAAUUUUCAAAAUCUUACACCACUACCAAAUCACUCAGAUUCCAUAGAAAACUUCAUAAAUGAGGAAGAUUACAAGAAUCUACCGCCAGAACUACAGUUGGAGAAACUGGACGAGGAUAAGAAGUUGUACAAUAAUGUGCAAAGACUGAUAAGAAAAAGUAAAGAGUACGAAUUACCCAAAAAUGACAUCACCUUCCAGUCAGUCUAUCCUCCCACUGAUAACACUACUGCUAACACUGUUGACUCGGAUAAUAACACUGAGGACGUGGUUACACAGUUGUUUGAAAGUGAGUAUGAGCCUGUGAGACCGGAAUAUAAGAGUAAAAGUACUCUAGAGUUAAUCCCCGCAAUUGUACAGAAACCUGUUAUACCCCUUGAAAACCGAGAUGAGAUAGAGGUUGGAAAGUUGUUUAGUGUUGGCGACUACAGUAAGGGAGAGGAACGACAUGAAAAUGAGUUCUACCUUCCACAAAUCAAUCAACGUCUCAAACAUAAGAUCCGUGUCGACAACGAUGACACUGUCAAUACUGUUGACAACGAUAACACAGUUGAUAAAGUUGACAAUAGUAACUCAGUUGAAAGUGUGGACAGUGUGGAGUUGUCUAGGUGGGAGCGAUAUGAGAGAUUGAAUAGGAAUAAAAAGUUUGUGAAGGAGUUGCGGAAGCUAAAGUUGGAAAAGGCGAUGAAGUACAGAAAGUUCCUGAGACACUUGCGACAGCUGAAGGAGAAGAAAAAAAACACUUUCUACCGCUCACUUCCAACCAAUACCAAAGGAUACAAAAUCUUCAACUCCGACGAUAUUGAAAAAUUUGAGUAUGAGGAGUUACAAGAAGAGUUAAGGAAUCGUGGAUACCGCUGCUCAUACGAUAAACAAACUCUCGUCGAAACACUGAGAUAUGUGAAUGAGAAUGAGGAGGGUUGGCGUUAUGAGAGAAUAGUGAAGCAGCAAUUAACACCGGAAAAUACAAACCUCUCACAAAUUACCAGAAAUAAACUCAAGGACAUUUACGAAAUGAUUGAGGUAUUGAAUGGGACCCAGGAGAGUGAUGACAUUAGUGUUCGAAUUAAAAGAUUAGAAAUUAUCUUCGAUCUCAUUCAGUUCUAUACCGAUCCGGUGGGAUACUUGGACUUGGAUUUGUAUGAGGAAGAGGUGGACAAGCAAGAGUUGGAAGAAAUUAAAAAAGCGCCAGUCAUUUACGAUACCGACUUCUUCAAUGAAAUGUCAAAACCAAUAAUAAAGUUGCCUGAUUUGAUACCGCGGACAUUUAAUUUACAAGACGAUUACGUUAAAAAAUUCCCCAUCACUUCUGUCACCUCCCCUAAUGAGUUGGAUGCGUUGAAGAGGGAGUAUCUGACAAUUGAGGGCGGAAUACAUCAACAAACGCUUCCGGAAAUUAGUGAACGCUUUAAUGUUUCAAUUGAUUUUCUAGGUUUCCGUUACGGUGCUUGGUCACACUGCACUGAGCUCCCUCCACCCAUUCCAUCUCCACAUUUCUACACUAUUUACAUAUUUACACAGUUAACUUUACUGUAUACAUAA